AUGGAGCUGCUAGAUUUUGUCAUAUUACAAGUUGUUGCUAUUACUCGGUGUCGCAUUGAGUUGACUCGGUUUUUAUCAUGCGACGGAGAUCGCCAUCUAUUUUGCAACUCUCGAAACGAUGACAUUGUGAUCUCUACUGAUGAAAUUGACGAUGGUGGCGGUGGAGAUCAGGAGUUGACGGCGGACGAUGUGACGGCGGUGUUGGAGAGGUUGGGGAUAGAGUGUGUGGAGAGGGGAAGGGAGGGGAAGGGGGUGGUUGAGGAAUUGUUGGAGGAAAAGGAAGCAAGUGAGUGGGAGUUGAAAGAGGCUUUUUAUGUGUUUGAUAGGAAUGAAGAUGGCUUCAUAACAGCUGAGGAGCUGUGGAAUGUGAUGAGGAGAUUGGGGUUUGAGGAAGGCAGGAGGGUGAAGGACUGUGAGAGGAUGAUCAGAGCUUUUGAUGAAGAUGGUGAUGGCAAGAUCAGUUUCUUGGAGUUUAAGAGAUUGUUAGAGAAUACAAUGUAG